AUGCGGAUUGACUGUGCAGUGACGAGCCUGGCAGCUCUGGCUUCAGGCUGCAUAGCCCUAUCCACCAAGGGCUACGUACCUAGAAGCCAUUCCCUAUCGCGACGCAAUGACAGUGUUCCUAUCUACAAGGACGCGUCAUAUUGUAUCGACGAGCGUGUCGAGGACCUCCUAUCCCGCAUGACAGUCGAGGAGAAAGCUGGCCAACUAUUCCACAACAGAUUGUUUGACGGUCCUCUUGACGAUGAAGGAACAGGCGACAACGCCCAUAACAGCACUAGCAGCACUAUCACCGACAAGCAUAUAACACAUUUUAACCUGGCGAGCGAUAUCACCAACGCCACAGAGACAGCUGAAUUUAUCAAUAGCAUACAAGAGCUAGCAUUACAGACCCGACUAGGUAUUCCGGUCACCAUCUCGACCGAUCCUCGACAUUCCUUCACGGAAAACGUAGGUACCGGAUUUGAGGCGGGAGUGUUCUCCCAAUGGCCGGAAUCAAUUGGCCUUGCUGCACUUCGUGACCCUUACGUCGUGAGAAAGUUCGCCGAGGUCGCAAAGGAGGAAUAUAUUGCUGUUGGAAUUCGCGCGGCAUUGCACCCUCAAGUGGAUCUGUCGACGGAGCCACGAUGGGCUCGUAUUAGUAACACCUGGGGUGAAAACAGUACCCUUACUAGUGAGCUGCUCGUUGAGUAUAUCAAGGGCUUCCAGGGUGAUAAACUUGGCCCUCAGUCCGUGAAAACGGUUACUAAGCAUUUCCCUGGAGGAGGGCCCGUGGAAAAUGGCGAAGACUCUCACUUCACUUACGGGAAAAACCAAACGUACCCGGGCAACAAUCUUGAAGAACACCUGAAGCCUUUCAAAGCGGCGAUCGCUGCCGGUGCAACCGAGAUCAUGCCGUACUAUUCCCGGCCCAUUGGCACUGAGUACGACCCAGUCGCUUUCUCAUUCAACAAGCAGAUUGUGACCGAGCUAUUGCGCAAUGAGCUCGGAUUUGAGGGUAUCGUGUUGACGGACUGGGGUCUUAUUACGGAUGGUUAUAUCGCGGGACAGUACAUGCCUGCGCGAGCUUGGGGUGUUGAGAAUCUUAGCGAGCUUGAGAGAGCUGCAAUGAUCUUGGACGCCGGCUGUGACCAGUUUGGAGGCGAGGAGCGCCCGGAACUGGUUGUUCAACUUGUCCAAGAAGGUAUCAUAUCUGAGGAUCGAAUUGAUGUCUCUGUUCGCCGGCUUCUCAGAGAAAAGUUCGUUCUUGGCCUUUUUGACAAUCCUUUCGUUGACGCCGAAGCUGCUGGCCGAAUUGUUGGCAAUGACUACUUUGUCCGUCUGGGCAGAGAGGCCCAGCGGAGGUCGUAUACUCUCCUCAGCAACAGCGAGGACAUUGUCCCCUUGAAGAAGAUUGAACAGAGUACAAAGUUCUAUAUUGAGGGCUUCAACGCCACCUUCAUGGAAUCAUGGAACUACACCGUCGUCGAUAGUCCUGAAGAAGCUGACUAUGCUCUUCUGCGAUAUAAUGCACCCUACGAACCUCGUCCAGGGGGAUUUGAGGCAAACAUGCAUGCCGGUUCACUCGCAUUCAAUGACACUGAGAAAGCUCGCCAGGCUAAGAUAUACUCAACUGUACCCACAGUUGUGGAUAUUGUUAUGGAUCGCCCCGCAGUUAUUCCCGAGAUCAUUGAGCAGGCUAAAGCUGUGUUUGCGAGUUACGGCAGCGAUAGCAAUGCUUUCUUGGAUGUGGUCUUUGGUGUAAGCGCGCCUGAGGGAAAGCUGCCAUUUGAUUUGCCCAGGUCAAUGGAGGCCGUGGAAGCGCAGAUGGAGGAUGUGCCAUUUGACACGAGGAAUCCGGUGUUUAAGUUUGGGCAUGGGUUGAGCUAUGCUAAUCGCUGUGCGAGUAGCAGCAAGUGUUCUUAG